CUAUUGGACCUCUGGGGUGUGCUGCUUCAUAGGGGCUUUUGCAAGGAGGGCAGAUAUGGGCUAGAAUCAUGCUGUCUUUGAGCUGGGAACAAAUCUCAUCUUGGUGGCUGCCUGCAGGCUGUCUCUUAGGCCACAAAGGAUCUGGCAAGGAUGAAGAAAUGGGGGAGCUCAGAUUCAGGGCAGGCCGAGGACCCAUCCCAAGAGGACUCCUGCCCAGACCCCCUGGAUGAAGACCCUAAUUCCAGGUCAGCUCCAGCCAAGCCCCACUUCUUCCCCACGGCUAAGAGCCGCAGCCGGCUUUUUGGGAAGUGUGACUCAGAGGAGGCUUCACCUAUGGAUUGCUCUUAUGAAGAAGGCCAGCUAGCCUCUUGCCCAGCCAUCACAGUCAACCCUGUUGUCAUCAUCCAGAGGCACGAGGAUGGCCCCACAUGUGCCAGGCAGCCGUCCCAGGAUUCUGUCACUGCUGGAUCUGAGAAGAGCCUCAAGCUCUACGAUCGCAGGAAGAUCUUUGAAGCCGUCGCUCAGAAUAACUGUGAGGAGCUGCAGAGCCUGCUGCUCUUCCUGCAGAGGAGCAAGAAGCACCUGAUGGACAGCGAGUUCAAAGACCCAGAGACAGGGAAGACCUGUCUGCUGAAAGCCAUGCUCAACCUGCACGAGGGGCAGAAUGACACCAUCCCACUGCUCUUGGAGAUUGCCCGGCAGACAGACAGCCUGAAGGAGUUGGUCAAUGCCAGCUACACAGACAGCUACUACAAGGGCCAGACGGCCCUGCACAUUGCCAUCGAGAGGCGGAACAUGGCACUAGUGACCCUCCUGGUGGAGAAUGGGGCAGAUGUCCAGGCUGCAGCCAACGGGGACUUCUUUAAGAAAACCAAAGGGCGGCCUGGCUUCUACUUUGGUGAGCUGCCCCUCUCUUUGGCUGCAUGCACCAACCAGUUGGGCAUCGUGAAGUUCCUGCUGCAGAACUCUUGGCAGCCAGCAGACAUCAGCGCCAGGGACUCCGUGGGCAACACAGUGCUGCAUGCGCUGGUAGAGGUGGCCGACAACACAGCAGACAACACCAAGUUUGUGACAAGCAUGUACAAUGAGAUUCUGAUCCUGGGGGCCAAGCUCCACCCGACGCUGAAGCUGGAGGAGCUCACCAACAAGAAGGGGCUGACACCACUGGCUCUGGCUGCCAGGACUGGGAAAAUUGGGGUCUUGGCCUAUAUUCUCCAGAGGGAGAUCCAGGAGCCCGAGUGCAGGCAUCUGUCCAGGAAGUUCACGGAAUGGGCGUAUGGGCCCGUGCACUCCUCGCUCUACGACCUGUCCUGCAUUGACACUUGUGAGAAGAACUCAGUGCUGGAGGUGAUUGCCUACAGCAGCAGUGAGACCCCUAAUCGCCACGACAUGCUUUUGGUGGAACCGCUGAACCGACUCCUGCAGGACAAAUGGGACAGAUUUGUCAAGCGCAUCUUCUACUUCAACUUCUUCGUCUACUGCUUGUAUAUGAUCAUAUUCACCACAGCAGCCUACUACAGGCCUGUGGAUGGCUUGCCUCCCUAUAAGCUGAAACACACCAUUGGGGACUAUUUCCGAGUCACUGGCGAGAUUCUUUCUGUAUCAGGGGGAGUCUACUUCUUUUUCCGAGGGAUUCAAUAUUUCCUGCAGAGGCGGCCAUCACUGAAGACCUUGUUUGUGGACAGCUACAGUGAAAUGCUUUUUUUUGUGCAGUCACUCUUCAUGCUGGGGACCGUGGUGCUGUACUUCUGCCACCACAAGGAGUACGUGGCCUCCAUGGUGUUCUCCCUGGCCAUGGGCUGGACCAACAUGCUCUACUACACCCGUGGCUUCCAGCAGAUGGGCAUCUAUGCUGUUAUGAUUGAGAAGAUGAUCCUGAGGGACCUGUGUCGCUUCAUGUUUGUCUACCUUGUUUUCUUGUUCGGGUUUUCCACAGCGGUGGUGACGCUGAUUGAGGAUGGGAAGAAUAACUCUGUGCCAGCUGAGUCCACAUUGCACAGGUGGAGAGGGCCAGGCUGCCGGCCUCCUGACAGCUCCUACAACAGCCUUUACUCCACGUGUCUGGAGCUUUUCAAGUUCACCAUUGGUAUGGGUGAUCUGGAGUUCACAGAGAACUAUGACUUCAAGGCUGUCUUCAUCAUCUUGUUGCUGGCCUACGUGAUUCUCACCUAUAUUCUUCUGCUGAACAUGCUCAUUGCCCUCAUGGGUGAGACUGUCAACAAGAUUGCGCAGGAGAGCAAGAAUAUCUGGAAGCUACAGAGAGCUAUUACCAUCCUGGACACGGAGAAGAGCUUCCUUAAAUGCAUGAGGAAGGCCUUCCGCUCAGGCAAGCUGUUGCAAGUGGGGUACACACCUGAUGGCAAGGAUGACUACAGGUGGUGUUUCAGGGUGGAUGAGGUCAACUGGACCACCUGGAACACCAAUGUAGGUAUCAUCAAUGAAGACCCGGGCAACUGUGAGGGCAUCAAGCGCACCCUGAGCUUCUCCCUGCGGUCAGGCAGAGUUUCAGGAAGAAACUGGAAGAACUUUGCCCUGGUUCCCCUUUUAAGAGAUGCAAGUACACGAGAAAGGCCCUCUGCUCAACCAGAGGAAGUUCAUCUGAGACACUUUGCAGGGUCCCUCAAGCCAGAAGAUGCUGAGGUCUUCAAGGAUCCUGUUGCUUGAGGGGAAAAGUGAGGGACCCCUCUAGGGUACUUCUAACACUGUUGGGCCUCAGAAUAUCUCACUGUGGAGGGAACAACAGGGCCCUCUCAGCAGCCUGGCUUGGCCUGUGCCUGUCCAGGCACUUUCCUCACCUGCUCUGCACAAGCUACGGGAAGCAUUGUUGGGUGCAUGGGGAGAGCUAGUCAUCCAGCCUCACUGUCCCCAAGGGAGUCUUCCACCAGGAAAUUAUUUUGCUCUCAUAUUUUUACUAACUUUGUUAGGUAUCAUGAAUGAUGAAUCUUGUGUGGACAUAUGUGAUGCCAUUGUUUUAUUUUAUAUGACUAGAAGUGAAUGUAAAUGAGGCCCAGGAAAACACCUCUUGGACCAAAACAAAACAUGUCCUUUGAUGUAAACUGCUGCAGCUGUUCUCUGUGUUGUGUUUAAUACCUCCUCCGAAACAGAGUGGGCUGGGGGGGGGUGGUCAUUUAUAUCUCAGAGAAGGUGGGGGAAGGCUGGCCCUAUUUCCAGCUCUGCCAGAAUCAGGUUUUGCCAGAGUGACUUCCUCGUUCUAUGUGAUACAUCAUGGCCCCCCCCAACAGAACUCUUUUGCUGUCCAGAUGAAAGUACAGCACGUGUCUUAAAAGCAUGUGGCAAGAAUUUUUUCAUGGUCUUCCAUUUGUAGCAACUGUAGUCCUACUCCCCCGCAGUGGUCCUACUUCCACCUCCAUGCAUCCUGUCACUCAUCA